UUGAACUGGACCGUUAUGGACGGCAACGAUCAACCAAUAGAAACGUCUGAUUACCUUUUGGGGGCGUUUCCAGGAAGAAAGCGGUUACACUUUCCUGUAAUGGCGGACCAGACAGAGAGCGAAACUCUUGGGUUUAACGACAACAGAAUGGCACAGCAGGCAGUGCGGUUCCGCAGCCCUGCGCCUGCCACUCCUCCAACACCUACACCAGCCCAGACCCCAGUUUUACGAGGCCCUCCGCCACUGCUUAGGCCACCGCCGCCUCCAUUUGGCAUGAUGAGGGGCCCGCCGCCAAGACCCCCGUUUGCCCGACCUCCCUUUGACCCAAACAUGCCGCCUAUCCCACCACCCGGAGGCAUGCCACCACCCAUUGGACCUCCUCACCUCCAGAGGCCUCCUUUCCUUCCUCCUCCCAUGGGCAACUUGCCGCCUCCACCAGGGAUGCUGUUUCCUCCUGGGAUGCCUCCUGUUCCUGCAUCUGGAAACCCAGCUCUCAAUCCUGCAGAGGAAAUCUGGGUAGAGAACAAAACUUCUGAGGGAAAGACAUAUUACUACAAUGCUCGGACCAGAGAGUCGUCAUGGAGCAAACCAGAUGGUGUGAAGAUCAUCCAGCAGUCUGAACUUAACCCUCUCCUGGUAGCGGGGGCUACAGCUGCAGGUUCCGGUGCGAAUGUGGGUGCGACCGGGCCCGCUAGCACCAACAGUGGUAACACACCUGCCAGCACGGCGGCGGCAGCCUCCCCCACUCAGGCCCCGACCUCUACCCCGACCUACACACUCACCUCGAGUCCAGGCCCCACCACCACCCCCUCGCCCUCUGUGACCAUCGCAGCCACUGUUGUAGCAGACCUCCCCCCUGUUGCCACUGUGACUUCCACCGUUGCUGUGUCGCCGGUCACCGUGGUGACCGUUUCCACAGUGCCAUCCCCUGUCACGGCGGUCCAGACUGUGCCACUGCUGCAAGCAGCCUUGCCUCACAGUGUGGCCCAGCCCACUGCAGCCAUACCUGCCUUCCCACCCGUCAUGGUGCCACCUUUCCGGGUGCCUUUGCCAGGCAUGCACAUCCCUCUACCAGGUGUAGCAAUGGUGCAGAUAGUAGGUGCUCCCUGUGUAAAGGCAGGCCCCAGCGCCAACGGCAUGCUCCCUGGUAUGGGCCCGCCUUUAGUUUCCAUGAUGCACCCGCAACUGACGCUUUCGCCGGCUCCGGCAUCCAUAGCCGGAUCGUUGCAGCUUCCUGAGUGGACGGAGUACAGGACAGCCGAUGGGAAAACGUACUACUACAACAACCGCACGCUAGAGUCCACCUGGGAGAAACCACAGGCCCUCUUAGAAAAAGAAAAAGAAGCAGAGAAGGCCAAAGAACGACUGACCCAGGAGGAAGCUGAGGCAAUGGAGAUGGAGGAUGAAGAUAUAAAGAUGGAAAACACUAAUAAUGUGAAGGAGGAACCUAAAGAAGAAGAGAUGACUGAGGAAGAAAAGGCAGCUCAGAAAGCCCGGCCUGUCGCCACCAACCCCAUACCUGGCACACCUUGGUGUGUGGUGUGGACGGGUGACGACCGUGUUUUCUUCUACAACCCGACCACACGGCUGUCGAUGUGGGACCGGCCCGAAGAGCUGGUCGGCCGAUCCGACGUGGACAAACACAUCCAGGAGCCGCCACACAAGAGAGGCUCGGAGGACAGCAAGAAGACAGGAAUCAGUAAGGAGGAACCAGAGAUGUCGCUGGCCACUGAAGAUAGUCCAGAUGAGGAGCCAACCAAAUCCAAAAAGAGAAAGAAAGAAGAAACAAAGGAGGCAGACUCUGAGAAGGAAGCAGCCAUGGAGGCAGAGCUGCGAGCGGCCAGAGAGAGAGCAGUGGUGCCCCUAGAGGCCAGGAUGACCCAGUUCAGAGACAUGCUGCUGGAGAGAGGGGUGUCUGCGUUCUCGACCUGGGACAAAGAGCUCCAUAAGAUAGUGUUCGACCCACGCUACCUUCUGCUCAACCCAAAAGAAAGGAAACAGGUUUUUGAUCAGUAUGUGAAAACAAGAGCUGAAGAGGAAAGAAAGGAGAAGAAGAACAAGCUCAUGCAGGCCAAAGAUGAUUUCAGGCGGAUGAUGGAGGAUUCCAAGCUCACACCCAAAACAACAUUUAGUGAAUUUGCCAUGAAGCAUGGAAGAGAUCCAAGAUUCAAGGCCAUCGACAAGAUGAAGGACAGGGAGGCAAUCUUCAUCGAAUUUAUGACCGCUAUGAGGAAGAGAGACAAAGAAGACUCCAAAACCAGAGGAGAGAAGGUCAGGCAAGACUUUUUUGACCUCCUAAACGACCAACACGUGGAGGGAAAUCAGCGAUGGAGCAAAGUGAAAGAGCGGCUAGAGACUGACCCUCGGUACAAGGCUGUGGACAGCUCUGCUCUCAGAGAGGAGCUGUUCAAACAGUUCAUGGAGAAACAAGCAAAGAAUGUGGACAUUGAGAAGGAGCGAGAGCUGGAGCGGCAGGCUCGCAUCGAGGCCAGUCUCAGAGAGAGGGAGCGGGAGGUGCAGAAAGCCCGAUCGGAGCAGACCAAAGAGAUUGACCGAGAAAGGGAGCAGCACAAACGGGAGGAGGCCAUCCAGAACUUCAAAGCCCUCAUGUCUGACAUGGUCCGUUCUUCGGACGCAACGUGGUCGGACACGCGCCGCAACCUGCGGAAGGACCACCGCUGGGAGUCGGCUUCCCUGCUGGAACGGGAGGAGAAGGAGAAGCUGUUCAACGAGCAUGUAGAAGCGCUGGCCAAGAAGAAGAAGGAACAAUUCAGGCAGCUGCUUGAUGAGACCAGCAUGAUCACGCUGACGACUACUUGGAAGGAAGUCAAGAAGGUCAUCAAAGAUGAUCCCCGCUGUAUUAAAUUCUCCUCCAGUGACAGAAAGAGACAGCGAGAGUUUGAAGACUACAUCAAAGACAAAUACAUCACGGCCAAAGCUGACUUCAGAACCCUGCUGAAGGAGACAAAGUUCAUCACGUACAGGUCCAGAAAGCUGAUCCAGGAGUCGGACCAGCAUCUGAAAGACGUGGAGAAGAUCCUUCAAAACGACAAGCGAUACCUCGUGUUGGAGUGCGUCCCAGAGGAGCGCAGAAAGCUGAUCAUGUUCUACAUCGAGGAUUUGGACCGACGCGGCCCGCCUCCUCCCCCCACCGCCUCUGAGCCGACUCGACGCUCCACCAAGUGAACGGCUGGAUCGCCACCAUGACCAGUGACCUACUCCUCCCCGCCCUUCCCUUUGGCCAGAGCAUGACCUCCCCCCAGCACCUCCUGAACCCCAGCCUUCAGGCUGGCCUCGCAGUGUUAUUGCUGGGGGCUGACUUCCUUAGAGAUGAACGGUUAAGGUCUCUGUGUUAUGCCAUCUCUUCAUCCUGCAUUUAAGGUCACAGCAGGGAACAGAGGUUGACCUGAUCUCCAGUCGACUGUUGACCUCUUUACCUCUGAGGGAGAGGAGAAAGCGGUGAGGCUGUUGUCUGAGCAGCCACACAGAUGUAAGAUAGCUGAUGUAAAUGAAGAUGUGUGUGCGUGUGAGUAUGAGUGUGGCGCAGGCAUGUUUAAAUUGAGUAUAUGUUUGAGGCGUCCUUAAGCCUUACAGCUCCACUGUGCCAGUCACCGUUUCUGUGGCACAGUGUGAAUGUUAGUUUCAGCUCAGUGGUUUACUCCAAUGUCACAGCAGUUUCUCUGUUGAAUGAAAUAAAAGCAACAUCCACUGUUUUUCAA